AUGUCCGAAUACGCCACGCUGGUUUUGCGCGGCCGGACCGGCUGCGCCUUGACGGAGCCCGCGCGCCACACCUUGGAGCAUGACGUGCUGCCGCAAUAUUUAAUCCGGCAACGCUGGUUUCCGUUUCCGCACACCCAGCCGCCGCAAUCGGCGCGCCUUGUUUACACCACGCCGCUGUCCCCCGACACCGACGGUGAAGACGAAUGCUUUAUUGCCGAAGUGGAAAUAACGGCCUGCGAUGGCCAGCCGCAGCGCCUGUUCGUUCCCUCGGCGCUCAUAUGGAGCGAGGCGGCCGUGCCGCCCAUUGUGCUGAGUCAGCAGUACACCUUAGCGCGGAUCCGCCGAAGCGCCGAGGUAGGUUUGCUCACCGACGCUUUCGCGGUCCCGGCUUUUGCGCACGCGAUCAUCCAGGCGCUCCGUGAGGACCGGGAAAUCGCCAUCGGCGCGCCGGGCAGCCGGGACGGGGUGCUGCGUUUCCGCGGCGAGGCGGGUUUGGCGGCGCUGGAUUUACCGGCCGAUGCCCCCGUGGAGUGGUUCAGGGGCGAUCAGACUAAUAUCUCGCUCAGCCUGGGCGGCAAGGUCAGGCUUAAGCUCGUGCGGCGACUCAAUCCCGGCGUGCACCCCGAAGCCGAAAUGACCCGCAGGCUAACCCAGCUGGAGUUCGCCAAUUCGCCCGCGUUGCUGGGCGAAGUGAUUCGCGAAGGCAGCGACGGCACGUGUUACACAUUAGCGCUCGUGCAUCGGCAUAUAGUGAACGAGGGCGACGCGUGGUCUUGGACCCUGGGCUAUCUCAAACGGACGCUGCAUAAAGCUACGCUUACCGGCGCCUCGGUGGAAGAAUAUGAUGAAGAGCUAGCGGGUUACGCCGCCAUGGCCAGUACCAUAGGCAGGCGGCUGGCGGAGCUGCAUAGCGCCCUCGCCGCGCCCGCUGCUGACGAUCCGGCUUUCAGCCCCGAGCGCGCCGAUUCUGCGCAAGCCCUGCAGCAUGCGGCGCAAGCGAUCGCAACGCUGCACGGGGCGCUGCAGGUUUUGGCCGAGCACGCCGCAUGCGGGAAACUUGAUGGCCGCACGCUCGCCUGCACCGAAUGGCUGCAAAACCACGCUGAGGCUUUGACGCAGGCGAUACGCGAGCGCGCGCGCCUGGAGCAAGAUUCACUGUACCUGCGCAUUCAUGGCGACUUCCAUCUGGGGCAGGUUCUGGUCGCGCGCACUGGCACCGGCACCGACGCUUACCUGAUUGAUUUUGAGGGCGAGCCGGCCCGUCCGUUUGCCCAGCGGCGAGCCAAGGCGACCCCCUUGCGCGACGUGGCGGGUAUGCUGCGCUCAUUCGAUUACGCCGCAGCCGCAGCGGCCAUGCUGAGCUUACCGGGUUUUCCGCUCACCGGCCCUGCUUGCGCUGCCCCCGAGACGGUGGGGAUCGUGAAUACUGGUAACCCUAUGGUCUCGGAAUCGGCGGCGCGUCAGCUAGUACGUCGGGAAGCCUUGCUCUCCCGCUUUGUUCUGAGUGCGCGCAGUGCGUUUAUGCAGGGAUACCAUGCGGUGGCCCACCAAGCGCCCCACCCGUGGCUCAAGCUCGGCGCGGAGCAGAGCCUGCUGGAACUGGCCUUGCUCGAAAGAGCGGCCUAUGAGCCCCCGCUCUACAGGGCGGUCCUUCCCUCCCCGGUGCGCCGGCGCCGUUGA